AUGUUCACAACAGCGCGCCUGCGCCUCCGCGGAUCGACGCCCAACGACGCCGACAACCUCCUCGCGCUGUACAACGACCCACGGGUCGCACCGUGGAUCACAGAGGGAUACAUCGUGCCCAAGCACGCAUCGUACCUCGAGACGAUCAACGCGUUUAUCGCCUCGUGUGUGCUCUCAUGCGUCGUCGAGGAGCUGGAGAGUGGAGAGUUUGUCGGGCUGUGCAGCUUUGUCGGGCAGGGCGAGGCGAAGAACCGGAAUGCGAUCAUGUGCAUUGCUCUGCUGCCUAGGCAUUGGAGCAAGGGGUACGGGGCGGAGGUGAUGGGUUUUUUGAUUGACUAUGCGUUCCAUGAUAUGGGGAUGCAUCGGGUGUCGCUGACGGUGUUUGAGGGCAAUGAGCGGGCUAUGGCGCUGUACCGGCGGUUAGGGUUCGUAGAAGAGGGGAGACACAGGAAGAUUGUGUGGAUGAAUGGCGGGUGGAAAGAUACGUACUACAUGGGCAUCUUGGAAGACGAGUGGAGAGAACGCAAACAGCGCCAAGCCGAAGCGGAACAGACUUUUCUUUCACGAUGGAUAAUGUCGUCCCUUCCCACCCACAUCCAGAUCCCAUACGAACCGCCCUUUCUCCCAGUGCUGCUCUCCCUCGCCGCCUAUCUCUAUCUCCUCUCUACCACAAAUGCCCUGUCUGAAUCCAUCACCAACGCCCCUCUCCUUGGACCCCUCCUCACAGGCAUCCUCCUAGGACCCAGUGUCGCCGGUCUCAUCACUCCCGCACUCCAAGAGUCCCUCAUCGCCCUCGGCUACAUCGGCCUCCUCCUCAUCGUCUUCGAAGCCGGGCUCUCCACUCACCUGCCUCUGCUCUUCGCAAACGCCGGCCUCAGCUGCGCAGCCGCCCUCACCGGCAUCCUCGUCCCCAUCGCCCUGAGCAUGGCACUCCUUAAGAGCGCGUAUGGCUACACAUCGCUGCAGUCCUUCGCCGCAGGUGCCGCGCUCUGCUCGACGUCCCUCGGUACGACGCUCGCGCUGCUGACGCCGCCGCUGCGCCGUACGCGGGUGGGCAGUGUACUCAUGGCUGCCGCGUUACUGGACGAUAUCGUUGGUCUGGUCAUUGCGGGGAUUAUACCUGGGCUGGCCGGGGCGGAGGCGGGCGGGGAGGGUGUGAAAUGGGAAACGAUCGUGCGCCCCAUAUUGGUCUCGAUUGCGUUUGGAGCAGGCACGCCUGCGCUGGCGUGGAUCGUGAGGAAGAGCGUCUUGUAUCUGAUGUCAAGCGCCGAACGAGCACAUGGACAACUGGGGGCGCAUCUAUCCACGUCUGCGCGCAUCGGGAGAAGGGUGCUGGACCUGAUACAAGACACCCGAACCCAGCUCUUUUUGACUGUGCUGGCACUUUCUGCGUUCGUCGCGGGGACCAAGUAUGCAGGGACGAGCGAACUGUUCGGGGCAUACCUCGCUGGCGCGUUGCUGGCGUACAUAUUCACUUUCGAAUCUCUUGGUGACGCUACAACCACGCGCGUUGAGGUUAACGAUGCGGAAUCUCCGAAGUCACCGUCGGUGUCACCAGUGUCUGAUCUGUCUGAAACGACUGCAGCACACGCGCCCUCCUCAUCACCACCACCCUCCGACAUACACGAACCAGAAUCCAACCACUACAUCAGCCAUGAACCAAUCAACCUCCCCUUCGCCGCAUUCACCGCACACCUCCAGCCGAUUCUCGCGCCGCUCCUGGGGCCCAUCUUCUUUGCAUCCAUUGGAGCGGCGAUACCCGUCGGGUCGCUGUUCACUAUUCAUAUCGCAGGAGGAGGAGUGUCGCACGCGGUGGUGUGGAAGGGGCUGGUAUAUGCGCUGCUUAUGGUGCUCGCGAAGAUGGUGGUGGGAGUAUGGAUGCUUGUGUGGCCCGCCCCCCGCGGUCGGGCUGGGCACGGGCGAAAGCGCGAACGAGCCAGAAGCAGUUGGCUUACUUCGAUCCGUGCGGUAUGGGAUAAGAUGAAGAAGUUGAGGAGUAAGUGCAGCGAGAGUGAAAAUGGACUUGGGUAUGGGUGUGCGCGAGAGGCGAGCACCGUCGAGGAGGGGGGUGUAUGUGAGCACUCGCCUGAUACCGCUAAACGUGGGCGCGCCUCGACGGCGUUGGAAACGAGGCGUACCGCCGGUUCCGAACAUCACGACGAACACGAUCUGGGUGACGGCGGCCAUGUGCACGAGCCCUCGCCUCGCCGUGCGGCUGCGCUCCUUGGUCUCGCGAUGGUCGCGCGCGGGGAGAUCGCGCUCAUUGUUGCGCAGCUUGCUAGGCCUUUGCUUGUUGAUGGCAGACUUGGACUUGGACUUGGAGGGGACGAGGAACCGUAUGCGGUGGUGAUUUGGGCGAUUGUGGUCAGCACGUUUGGGGGUGCGGUGGGUGUUGGGAUGUUGUUGGGGAGCUGGAGGAGGCGGAGGCGGGAUGGCGGGGAGGAAGUAAGUGGAGUGGGAUUUGGGAUUUGA